CAGGCAAAAUAACCGUGAAGAGACUUGGGCUUUGUUAGACGGGCUGAGCCCUAGCGCGACUCUUCAAGCCCAAGUUUACAGUCCUAGGCCGGCGAUCGAAAAUCCGCCUUGGCGGAUUUCCCCGUCCAAUCCGCGGCGUUCUUCCAAGGCCUCCACCUGGCACCUGGGCAUCACUCACGACAAGUAAUUACCUUCUCCGAGAGACGACUGACGGAGAGACACAUAUAUAUAGACAGAGAAAGGAGAGACAAAUCAGAGAGAGAGAGAGAGAGAGAGAGUCGAUAAUGAAUAGUAGGAGACGCCGGUGAACCGUAGAGAGAGAGAGAGAGGGAGGAGGAAAGAUGCGUCGGGAGAUCUCGUUCGUGCUUGAACCACGAUGCCUUAUUACGUUGGUCGUCGUCUCUAUCUUCAUCGUUUUCGCAUUCUCCAUCUCUCACCGGGAGGAGGAGAAGGUGGACGUGGUGCAUGAAAUUACCCACAGAGUAUAUUUAGAGGUUGAUAUCGAUAAACAGCGUGUAGGGAGAAUUGUGAUUGGAUUAUACGGUCAAGUUGUACCAAAAACUGUUGAAAAUUUCAGGGCUUUGUGCACAGGGGAGCUGGGCAAGAGCGCCAGUGGUAAACCUCUGCACUACAAGGGAACCCUAUUUCAUCGCAUAAUACCCGGGUUCAUGAUUCAAGGUGGAGAUAUUAUCCAUGGUGAUGGGAAGGGAAGCCAAUCCAUAUAUGGUGGCACUUUUCCUGAUGAGAAUUUCAAGAUAAAGCACUCACAUGCAGGUGUUGUAUCCAUGGUGAAUUCAGGACCUGAUUCUAAUGGCUCACAAUUUUUUAUCACUACAGUCAAGGCCAGCUGGUUAGAUGGGGAGCAUGUUGUAUUUGGUAAGGUUAUUGAAGGGAUGGAUGCUGUAUAUGCCAUUGAAGGGGGAGCUGGGACCUACAGUGGGAAACCCAGGAAAAAGGUAAUUAUUGCCGAUUCUGGAGAAAUACCUAAGAGCGAGUGGGAAGAGGGAAGCAGAGGCUUAGCAGGUGCCUUGUGACGAUGAAAACAAGAAGUUGCAGAAUUCAUAGCAACGAAAGUUGAUGUAGUUACUUGUCCAUGCAUGUCUACUGUAGAGAAAUCAAAGAAUGACAGUUUUCCCAUCACUGAUGUGUAAAUCUUGAGGUAUAUGAUCCAUUUGUUGACUGAGAAGAAAAGUCGGUUCUCUCCCUGGAUCUACCAUUGUAAUUUAUCUGCAAAUUAUUAGGUACAACAAUGUUUAGUUACCAGAGACAUACUCGUGCCUAGUUUUUUCGAUAAUGGAAUCCCUCGAGUUUGUGUAGCUAUAUACAUGUUUGUUGCAGACCUGAUCAUUUUUUCUCUGACAAAAUUUCGGCAAUGAAUGAUGCAUCGUUUCUGACUU